UUUAUUGCAGCGCCCCCUGCCAGUGGCGGGAAAAGAAGACUCUUGUGUAAGAUAGGGGAUGGUUGGAAUAUCAGAAAACGUGUGAAAUAAGAACAAAUAUGUGAAAAUCGUUGACAGCAACGGGUUUAAACUGACCAAAACGGAAAACCUACAUCUCGGCAAACCGACUGCUGUAAAAACCUAGCAGAAACACUAUUAGGAGCUGUCGGCUGCAUCAGAGAAGUCAGCUGUUUCCGUGCGUGCUGCAUUUACCGUUACAAAACACCGAGUCGUCUCUAGCCAAACAAAAUCAUGAGUGAUACAGUUGUGGAGGCCACUACACACACAGACAGUAGAAGUAAAUCGCCCAUUCUCCCCAAAGAUGAGGCUUAUGUACCAGGAGAGGAUGCUCAUCAGAAUCUUGCUGUGUCAGCUUCAUGUGUUGAGGACCCCACCAUUAGUGCUAAAAAAGAGAUUAAGAUGGAGGAGUCCUCAAUGGCUACUGAUGAAGUAGAUGGCGACGCUGUUAAAGCUACUGGGACGAUAUUGACAAAGGAGAUGAUUGAGGAGGAGAAAAAGCUGAACAAAGAGGGCGAGGAAGAAGACAAAAAACAGCGAGAUGAACAUGCAAAGUUGUGGGAGGACAUGGAUAAAGAAAUAAAAGAACAGCGUUACAAAAGACUUCAGUUCUUACUGAGUAAAAGUAACAUGUACACCCAGUAUCUUCUGGAGAGGAUGAAGAAACAAACUGAUGAGGAGAAAAGGAAAAAAGAAUUGAAGGAAAAAAGGAAGGCGAAGACAGAGGAAAAGAAUAUGAAAGAGGAACAGGAAAAGGCAAACAAACAAGAAAUCCAAAAGGAAGAAGACAUGGAAACAAAAUCUUCAUCUUCCCCACUGAAACCUUCAGUACCGCAGCAUUCUGGUAACUCCCCUCAGACAGCUGACAUGGCUCCCUCACCAAGAUCCACACGAACCAGGAGGUCAAACAAAAUGCAGGGGUCACAAGGUUCACAGGGGUCACAGGAUAGCUCCAGCAGCCAAAGUGAAACAAACAGUAAAAAACGAGGAAGAAAGAGAAAGGUGGAUUCUAUUGAAGGUGCUAAUAUUUCAAAGUUUUUCUCGGCAAUUGAGAAGAAGAGGAAAACAGAGGAUGGGAAAUCUGUCGAUGCAGACAAGUCAAACACAACUGAAAACAACGAGAACGUACAAAAUACAAAAUCUGAGCAGACAUCUGAAACAAAAACAACAGAAAUGGAGGGGGAUGCCAAAAGUGAUGAUAAAGAUGUCAAAGAUGAAGUGAAGGAUGAGGAAGACGAGGAGUAUGAUACCAGCAUGCCGUUUGUGCAGCCCAAAUUGUUCAGUGGUGGAAAGCUGAGACAGUAUCAGUCAGAAGGCUUCACCUGGCUCAAGACAUUGUAUGAGAAUGGUGUCAAUGGUAUCCUUGGUGAUGAGAUGGGAUUAGGAAAGACAAUUCAGUGCAUAGCAAUGUUGGCUCACAUGGUGUCCAUGGGUGUACCCGGACCCUUCAUCGUGUGUGCACCGCUAUCCACACUGCCCAACUGGCAUUCCGAGUUCAAGAGGUUUGCACCAAAGGUGCCUGUGAUCUUAUACCAUGGUGAUCGCGAGGAGAGGACACGACUCAGGAUGAAGAUGUACAAAAAGUACGAAGUGAAGAAGGAUGUGGAGGUCCAGCCUGUGGUUAUCACGUCGUACGAGAUCACAAUGAGGGACCGUAAACUGCUCAGCUCCUUUGAGUGGAAAUACCUCAUUGUGGACGAGGGUCACCGCAUCAAAAACACACAUUGUCGCCUGAUCAGGGAACUUCGUUUGUACAGGAACACACACAGACUUCUCCUGACUGGUACCCCGCUACAGAAUAACUUAUCUGAACUCUGGUCUCUCCUCAAUUUCCUUCUCCCGGAGAUCUUUGAUGACUUAGGAAGUUUUGAGGCCUGGUUUGAUAUAGAGAGACUGUCGGGCACCAAAGCUGAUGAAGACAUUGUUAAAGAAGAGCAACAGAUGAACAUCCUAUCCAUGUUACAUCAGAUCUUGACGCCAUUUAUGUUGCGGAGACUGAAGCAGGAUGUGGAACUAAACAUCCCUCCAAAGAAGGAGAUCCUGGUGUAUGCUCCUCUGACUAAGAUCCAGCAGGAGUUCUACAGCAGCCUGAUCGAUCACACCAUCUUCGAUCGGCUAAAAUCUACAAAGAAACCUGAACCGAAGGUUGAAUUGAGUGAGAAAGGACGUCCAGUGAGGGGCUCGACCAAAAAGAAAAUCAACUAUAAACUGAUGAUGGAGUCGGAGUCGGAUCGUGCUGAACUGAAGAAAACAGAGAAAGCAAUUGAAAAGGACGAGGAAGAUCUAAGUGCCUGGAUAACAGCUGUUAAUGAUGAGACGACACAAAAUACUUCGACACCAGCAAAGGAUGUGGUCAUGGCAACAUCUCAGGUAACUAUAAAGCUGAGAGGUGUGAUGAUGCAGCUACGCAAGUGUUGUAACCACCCAUACCUGCUGGAGUACCCACUCGACCCAGACACUGGCAACUUUAAAGUAGAUGAGGACAUCGUAAAGAAGAGUGGCAAGAUGCUGCUACUGGACCGCAUGCUGAAGGAGCUGAAGUCGAGAGAUCACAAGGUGCUGAUUUUUUCCCAAUUUACCACCAUGCUGGAUGUAAUAGAAGACUAUUGCUACUUCAGGUCAUACAAGUUUUGUCGUCUAGACGGUUCAUGUAAUGUUGAAAGCCGACAGGAAUCGAUGGCAGCAUUCAAUUCUGACCCAGAGAUAUUUCUGUUUCUCCUGAGUACAAGGGCAGGAGGACUUGGUAUCAACCUUGUUUCUGCAGACACCGUCAUAAUCUACGACAGCGAUUGGAAUCCACAGUGCGACCUGCAGGCACAGGACAGGUGUCACAGGAUCGGACAGACAAAGCCCAUCUGUGUUUAUCGCUUUGUCACAUCUAACACAAUUGACCAGCGCAUCGUGGAGCGAGCAGCUGCCAAGAGGAAGAUAGAGAAGAUGGUCAUCCAUAAAGAAAAGUUCAAGAGUGGUAUUUCAAACUUCAAUUCAAGUCUACAGCCUCUGACCCAGCAUGAGUUGUUGGACCUUCUCAAGUCUAAUGACCAUCAGAUGACAAUGAACAACUCAAAUAAGGCAGGCAGUGUCAUCAGUAACCGUGACCUUGACCGACUGCUGGAUCGAUCUGACCUGUACGAGCAGUGGAAAGCUGCGGGCAACAAGGAUGAUGGUUCAUUUGUGAAGAAGAAGUCCAAAGAACCAGUACGGGAGGUGAAGGGCGUGUUCAAGGUCAUGGAGCAGGAGGAGGAUGUAAAGGCUGAGAAAGCUGAAGAUAAGAAUUCUACCUCAGAAGCAACAGCUUCAUCGUGAUAAUGGGAGAGUCUUUGUGACUGAUUCUAACUCCAGGGACAGUUGAAGUAGACAGUUCAGUGUAAUUAUGAAAUGUACGCCGUACAAUUCAGGGUCAUAAUAAAACACUUGUGGUACAAUUCAGUGUAAUAAAAUGCCUGUAGUAUCAUUCAGGGCCAUAUGGAAAUGAUUUAAGAACAUCUCCAAAGUCUUUCAUAGUGAUGGAUGUUAAUGACUCUGGAAAAGGGUGAAUAUUAGCUACUGGACAUUUGAUUUACUAAUUCUCAUGUCAAGUUUGGAUUCCUGAUUUUGUGAAAGCUUCAAAGAUUUAGUAUUCGAGGUGAACACUGCCAAAGAAUCGAGGACCCUGAAUACUUCCAAAACAGUGAUAUUACACCAGUUUGUGUUCUAAUAUAAAUUCAUUCAUUUUAUCAUCAUCAAUUUGUAAGUGAACAAUAGUGCAUCAUAAUUCAAUAUUUCAAUAACAGAGGACUUGUUGAUGUGGACCAUAUUACAUAAAGUUGUGAUUUUAUAUAUAAAUAUGACAUACUUUAAUAAUCGAACGUGGUUACAGAUUUGUUACAGAAAGGUAUUACAAUGAAGCUAUGAGAGGUUUGAGAAUGGAUCUACAGUGAAACCUGUCAAGUCUUGACAUUGUGACGGGUGAAAAUCUGGUCAGAUUAUACAGGAUUUACUGUCAAAUCUGACAUUGUGACACGGGAAAAUCUGGUCAGAUUAUACAGGUUUACUGUCAAUUCUGACAUUGUGACGGGAAAAUCUGGUCAGAUUAUACAAGUUUACUGUCAAGUCUUGACAUUGUGGUAGAGAGAAUAUACAGGUUUAACUGUCAAGUCUUGACAGUGUGACGGGAAAAUCUGGUCAGAUUAUACAGGUUUACUGUCAAGUCGGACAUUGUGGUGGGAAUGAUCUGGUCAGAUUAUACAGGUUUAACUGUCAAUUCUGACAUUGUGACGGGAGAAUCUGGUCAGAUUAUACGAGUUUACUGUCAAGUCGGACAUUGUGGUGGGAAUGAUCUGGUCAGAUUAUACAGGUUUACUGUCAAGUCGGACAUUGUGGUGGGAAUGAUCUGGUCAGAUUAUACAGGUUUACUGUCAAGUCGGACAUUGUGGUGGGAAUGAUCUGGUCAGAUUAUACAGGUUUACUGUCAAGUCGGACAUUGUGGUGGGAAUGAUCUGGUCAGAUUAUACAGGUUUAACUAAGUGUUGGUAUACAUGUUGUAUGAAGUGUGUUUUAUAAGGAAGCAUGUAUUUGUUCUAUAUUAACAUUCAUUAAUUCAUGUAUUGGGUGCUAUAUAUGUUACUCUAGUGGGAGGUGCCAGUGUACAAAACCUGUUCUGCACAGUAAACCUGACUUUAAGAGUUACUUCCCUUGGACAUCAAUUUGCUACCCAACAUAACAGAUAAUAUAUUUUGAUUGGAUGCUUAUUUCAGCUGAUGUUUUGGGUAAAAAAUGAGACAAUAUUUUCUACACAAGCAAUAUAUGUUACCAAAUGUUAUGCCACCAGGCAAAUUGGAAAAUGUAGUGCUGGGUAAUUAAGGCAGAGAUUUCUCAAAAAUAUGGUAAAAUUACAAGUUGGUUAAACAUUUCUAUAUAUAAUUGUAUAGGGACAAUAUUCUAUAAAGAUAUUUUGGAUUUUGAACAUUUUAUAAAGUUCUUUUAUCUUACUUAUUAAUGAAAACAAUUGACUAUGGUUUAAGCAAAUAUGAAAAUUGAUGUUAUUUAGUACAUAAAAUCAACAAGUAAAUUUUAAAAGUAAUUUAUGAAAUUUAUAUUUGAUAACUUGUUUUCUGAUGUCAUCAAAAAUGUUUAAUGUUUAAAUAAUUUAUUCUUUGCAUAAUGCAUGUUUAAAAGUACAUAAUUAUUUAUCAUGAUCUAUGUUUUAAAGCUUUUAUGAUUAAAUAAAUUUUGGGUUUUGAUAUGUCCUAGUUUUUGGCAAAAAAUGUUGUAUACUCUGCAGUUCAAAUUUUGUAUCUGCAUUAUUGACCACAAGUAUUUUUCUUGUGUUUCCAGUAGCUCGAUUCAUUUUAUAUUUUUAAAAUGAAAAAUAAAAUUUUAAACAAUCA